AUGUAUUUCUUUGUACUUUUCAUUCCGUUGGCCAUAAUACUAAUAUGCUACAUAUCAAUUUUGCUUAAGAUUUGGAGGGAGAAGAAGAUGCGGUCUGCAUGGAUACAGAAACGGAGCGUCAUGAGAGAUGUAAAAGUGACCAUGUCCGUGGCGUUUGUUAUAUUGUCCUUUAUAAUCAGCUGGACUCCCUAUGCCGUUCUGUCUCUUUGUUAUUCAAAUAAAAUAGGAGAGGGAUGUUCGACAUCAAAUGAAAGCAAAUUUAGUUUGAAAUUCAAUUUACAGCCUGUUGGAUACGACAUAUACACCUUAACGAUAAACAAUUUUGAAGUGAACGAUACAGGCUUAUAUCGAUGUCUUACAUACGUUACCUUUUGGCAGGACUCUACAAUACAUAUUACUCAUGCAGUGGACAUUAAGUCAGUGACACUAACUCCAAAGACUGACCUUAUAUCGGUAAUUGAAAAUGUCCCACAGAUUUUCCGGUGCGUUACGUCAACGUGUCGUCCGGUGGCCACAAUAUCGUGGUAUCUGGGUUCCACGCAAAUCACAUCUGGCAAUAAGUCCAAUUCUUUACAAGACGUCACUACAAGUACACUAAACUACACCUUCCAGAAAAGACACCAGGACAAGCGAAUCCUCUGUCGAGGAAAUGGACCAAGUAAACCCGUUUGCAGAUUUGGUGGAUCAGCCUUGUCCUCUGUUGUAACACUAAGAGAAGACUCAGAGUUUCGCCUUAACUGCACCAGCGACGGAAAUCCGUUGCCAAGCUUUUCAUGGAUACAUCCUGGAGGCGGACAAUCUACUCGCCUCAUCAUAAACAGCAUUAAAAGAACGCACUCUGGAAGAUAUAGGAUAAUAGCAGAGAACAGAUUGAUUCCACUAGAGCGACAGUCCGUUUACCUCAGACAGGAUAUGCAUCUCACAGUGGAUGUGCAGUAUCCACCUGAUCAACCACAGUGCCACUUGGGAGAAACUGCCAUAUCGACAAACACCGUAUCUGCGAUACGAGAACAAAAUAUCACAAUUAGCUGUUUAUGUGAUAGCAAUCCGCCAUCAAUAUACUGGUGGUCUGGAUAUUCUUUUUCAAAAUCUGGACAAGAUCUACGCAUUUUCGUUCAAAAUGCAACAACUAUAAACUUUACCAUGGAAAACAGCAUGCAGUUCACAAUUGGAAACUCUACGCAAGGAAGACGUGUGUCGCCAUUUGAAGUCAAAGUUCUUUUUCCUCCCGUGGUUAAGCCGCUGACGAACGUUACAGUAAUCGAAGAAGGCACAGUUUCUGUGGUUUGUGAAAUAACUGCUGGUGUUCCGAGCAAGAACGACUUUCAAUGGGAAAGAAUGUCUGAUAGUUCCAAAGUCUCCAUGGAGCAGACUCUUAUUUUCGCCAACAUUGAUCGAAAACAGACUGGAUACUACAAAUGUACAGCUUCGAACAACAUGGAACCCACAGGACAUGACGCAGUCGUUGGCGCCAGUAGCAAUACAGUUUACGUUGAUGUGCAAUGCAAGUCCAAUACUGAAAUCAGUCUAAUUUGA